UUGUAGCUAAGCUUUGCCCCACCUCCCCUCUUCACACUGCCACUGAAUCAGGUCUACCUCAGUGUCCAAACAGCUUAUCUACACCGAGCAGAAGAAAACCUCAGCCCAAAAGAGGGAAAGGAGGAUACCCUGGUCAGAGGAAGGAAAGAGUGAAGCAGGAAGGGAGAUCGAGUGAGAAGAGAAGAAAGGCUGACUUUUCCAUCAGACACCCCUGUUUUUAACACUAACGUCGUUUGAGGACCGAGAGCUGCAAAGCAGAGUUCAAUAAAGAAAAAAAAUCAGGAACACACAAACAAAACAAAGGAUUUUGGCACUUUAAAGGACAGAUCUGAAGUGACGUUGUCGAGGAUUAAAAUCAACCACCCGAGAAAAUAUUUGGCAAAUUUUGUAGACUUUUGAAGACUUUAAGUCCAUCCUAAAGGAGUAUACCGCUGGACUCGUGCCCAAAACUGGCGCAGGUAAAAAAGGCGCCUUUUUCCUAGUAAGACGGAUCUUACAGUUCUCUAGACCAGACACUAAAUUGGUGCCAAAGGAUGACUUUGUCACGCAAUGGGACGCUGGAAAGGACGCCGUCUCGCCAGUUCGGCUCCGAAGCAGGUGACUCAGACUCGACGCGUCUGCAUCACACGAACUUGUCGUCACCGGUUGUUGACCCUGUUACCCCAGCAGUGGUAGUUCCUCCUCCGUACUCAUCCUCCAAAGUGGCAACUGAGCCUCUGGAGCUCAGAGCCUCACUGGACUGCUGGGCAUGCUCGGUUCUCGUCACGGUGCAGAACCUCAUCAUCGCCGCCGUGAAUGUCACGCUCGCCAGUGUUGUAUUCGGGAUCAUCCUCACUCCGGCACUCACCAUGGUCGUGUUCGGCUUCCUCUGCCAUUCUAAGGUCCAGCCCGGUGGUACCUCGGCUUACUGCUCGGACCUUCUGAACGACGCGUCCUGCGUGGCUUUGCUGGUCGUCGGGUUCUUGUUGUUGGUUCCUCUGCUGGUGCUGGCCCUCGCGGCAUACUGCAGAUUGGCACGCCACCUGCAGCUCGGCCUCUGCUUCAUCCCUUACAGCCGUGCCGUCUAUAAGAACCUUCCUGUGUCUCAGCACCCGGGACUACAGGGCUGCUGCGGCCAGCAGGAGGCGCCAGAGAGAGACGGCAAAGCCGGCGAGUGGGUGUGAGGACGAACAGGACGCUCUGAUGGCUCUUGGGCUAAAACUGUGACGAAGCUAUAAUAAUCCAAUGAUCUACAUGCAUUUUAAUUAAAUAAUUUGUAUAGUAAAUAUGCACAAUUUAUAUCUGGUGAUUUUUUAAAAUGUUUUUGUUGAAGAAAUAUCAAAAUUGCAUGUUUUUUUCUUUGUAUUUUACUAAAUGUUGCAUCAAAUAACAUUGCAUGAUUCUGUUGUGGUUAACAUACUUCCAUGUCCUGUCAUGUUUUUUACACAAUGUUUAAUUUCAAUAAAUUUAAAAUCAGA